UUAUCCUUAAUAAUCCCCUAUAUAAAAUCUCUACUUUAUAUCGACUCUUAACUAAAGUGAAAAAUUAUUCUUGAAUUACAAUUGGCUUUUCACUUUUUGUAAUUUUGUUUGCAUGACUUUGUAUGAAGGUGACAAAUCAGACCAUCCCUUCAACCUCACAAGUGGUCCUUCUCCAUUAAUACAUUUGAUACCCCCACUUUCUUUUCUUCCCUACUAUUAUUAUUUUCUUUCUUUCAAACUGAAAAAGAGAAAUAUUAUUAGAUGCAAUUUUCCCCAAAUUGAACGAAAAAAAUAAAACAAGAAGAAAUUUAGAAAUGUCACCUUCAGAUUCAUCUUCAGUAGUGUGGAGCAGAGAAGAAGAAAAAGCUUUUGAGAAUGCCAUUGCUCUGCACUGGGUUGAAGAUUCUGAACAGCAAUGGGAGCAGUUUGCUUCUAUGGUCCCCACAAAGACCAUUGAUGAGCUUAAGGAACAUUACCAGCUACUUUUGGAAGAUGUUGCAGCCAUUGAAGCAGGCCAAGUUCCAAUACCCAAUUACAAAGGAGAAGAAGCUUCUUCCUCUUCAACUAAAGAAGUUAAUCUAGGAUAUCCUGGGUCAGUGGACGGACGGCGCUCCAAUUGUGGUUAUUCAAAUGGAUUUUCAGGUACGACCCAUGACCCGAUUGGGCAUGGUGGAAAAGGGAAUUCUAGGUCUGAACAAGAGAGACGAAAAGGCAUACCGUGGACUGAAGAAGAACAUAGGUUGUUUUUGCUAGGUUUAGACAAAUUUGGGAAAGGAGAUUGGAGAAGUAUUUCAAGGAAUUUUGUUAUAUCUCGAACACCAACACAAGUAGCUAGUCAUGCCCAGAAAUACUUUAUUCGUUUGAAUUCCAUGAAUAGAGAUAGAAGAAGGUCAAGUAUUCACGACAUUACAAGUAUCAAUAAUGGAGGAGACGUUUCAACUCAUCAAGCUCCAAUUACAGGCCAACAGGUGAAUCCGAAUCCAUCAAAUCCAGCUGCUCUUGGACCCUCAGUCAAGCACAGAACCCAACCCAAUAUGCAUAGUAUGGGCAUGUACGGUGCUCCGAUGGGUCACCCCGUCGCUGCACCGCCAAGCCACCUUGCCUCAGCAGUCGGAACACCGGUUAUGCUUCCUCAUGGACACCAUCCUCCUUAUGUACUUCCACUUGCAUAUCCUAUACCGCCACCGCCACCACCCAUGCACCAGUAAAUGAAUGGUCCACACAUAACUGGAUUUUCUUCUUUCUAAAUUUCAAUAGAGUUAGUAUAUCAUAAAUGCUUUUGAGCUUUCUCUGAAAACUGAAUUUUGAAAGGCUCAUGGGUUGUUUUUAAGUAUCAAAAUUCUCCCAAUUGUUUUCUUUCUUAUUGAGAAAUUUGUAAAUAUUAGAGUUUGAAUGUUUUAAGGGAUGCUCAAUUGCUCAUCAAUUCUUUUACAUAAAGGUAAUAAAUAUUAAGGGUCGAAAAGUAUAA